CUUUUGCUUAAUUAGAAUGACAUUGGGUAGAAAGAUGUAGAACUAUAAUAAGUGACUGCCUAAUUGCAUUAUACUGAACUUUAUAUCUGUGAUUUGGGUUUUCACUGUUCUGCAAUCCCAAGUCGUUCUUGGUAAGUCUGGGGGGUUACAAUAAAUGUUUUGCCAAAGAUAGUAUAGCCCUCAAAAAAGAAUACAUCACUGAAACUCGUAUCAUGGGUUGGGAGCUUAGAAGCUUUAGAUAUAUCUGCAGCGAUUCCCUUGUUUUGUUUCUGCUAUAAUUUCUAUUCUUUCAUUAACAAUCAAUUCUAAUUUUCAUGCUUUAUUUUGAGGUCUAAAUUGUAUAGGAGAUUUUCCUAUUAAAUCAUCCUAUUACCGUCUAUUGAUUGGAUUGCUUUAUGGUUGGUAGCCUAGGUUUAUGUUUUUUGUAUGGAUUAUGGAAAAGUUCCUCCACCUGCUUGCCCUUGUAUUGGAAGUGUUUUGAAUUUGUUCUUUUUCUACUUUGUGAAGAUUGUUACUCUAGGCAAUUGCAUAACUUUUGACAUUUUGCACCUUCUUGAUCAAUUUUGCCAAAGACUCAAGCUUUUCUAUUUUGGAUUUUUACUUUCAGCUACCAAGAUUAGGUCUACUGGGUGAUAUUGUUGACAAUGAAGAGAGAAUAAAACUUGAAGAAUAAUGAAAGCGAAACAUUAACGGGUCAUGUGGAAAGUUUCAAUCUACAGUUUGAAAUAUGCAAGAAUGAAAAACAAGGAUACAGAAGCUCCUGUAAAUCAACAUAUGCAUCAUGAACAUUUAAUCCCAAUGGAGGGGAAGAUUGCAAUCCGGUCUCCCCUCCAGACCAGUGAAACUACAUAUUUGAAAAUCUGAGGCAUAACAAGUUUGUACUGGAUAUUGUUUUGAGAGUGGUGUAAUUGAAGUGCAAUAUGGUGUUUGGACUGUAAAACACCAACUCUUAUGUCUUUUUCACAUCAUGCAUAACUGAUAAAUGGGGCAAAGCUGGAGAAUUUUUAUUAUUUUCUUGAUGGUUGGGGCACAAAAAAAUAAAAAAGAGUGCCUAAA